UCAAGCAUCAACACACACGUGAGUCCUCCAAACCGCUGUUCUCUACACAAACUAACAGGACAUCGGCUGUGAUAUUGGGGUUUGCUGAGCAGAUAGUCGCUCUGAUGAGCCGCUCCUCGUAGCCGCUGCGUGUUUAUUAUGCUCGCGCGUCUCCGCUGCUCUUUCUUCGCACGCAGAGCGCUCGGAGUCGGUAAAGAGCUUGUGCCGCAGGGACCCGUCAGACUGAUGGAGACUCACUCCUGCCGGAAGAGCAGACCUGUCAAAGACACACUGCGCCAUGUGAAGAUGAAGGAGAACCGCAGGCAGGGCGAGCUGCACGGGCCCUCCACCGUGUAUGUGCAGGUGGUCGGCGCCGGGAGUCGAGAUAACGGCGCCUCGCUGUAUGUCUUCUCCGAGUAUAACAGGUAUCUGUUUAACUGUGGUGAAGGAACACAGAGACUGAUGCAGGAACACAAAAUAAAAAUUGCGCGCUUGGACAACAUCUUCCUCACAAGGAUGAGCUGGGAGACGGUCGGUGGUUUAUCAGGGAUGAUCCUGACCCUCAAAGACACUGGAGUCCCUCAGUGUGUCCUGUCAGGACCACCACAGUUGGAGAAAUAUUUACAAGCCAUACGGGUGUUUUCAGGACAGCUGGAAGACAUUAAACUAGCUGUCAGACCUUAUACAGAACCUCAAUAUAAAGACGACACAAUGACCGUCAGUCAAGUUCCUCUGUUCUCUGAGCGUAAGGCCGAGGCAGGCAGCCAUUCCCCAGGCUCUGGGUGCAGCAGCAGUCAUAACAGCUAUCAGAAGGGGGCACUGGAAGACAGUCAGAGUUUCAGCACCAGCAGAAGAUCAGCCAGUCCAGAAGGCAAAGACAAAAUGACCAGAGAUUCAUCUCUUGUGGUGGCUUACGUGUGUAAGUUACACUCAAAGAAAGGGAACUUCAUGGCACUGAAAGCCAAAGAGAUGGGCCUGCCAGUAGGAACAGCAGCCAUUGGACCCAUAAUCGAAGCUUUGAAAGCUGGAAAAACUGUGACGCAUGAUGGAAAAGAGAUCAGACCUGAAGAGCUGUGCACACCGGCUGAUCCCGGACCUGUUUUCAUAGUGGUCGACUGUCCAUCAGAGGACUUCAUACAGCCACUCUGCACCAAUCACGUCUUACAAAGGUAUCAGACCGGCGGAUCUGAGGAUUCGGCGGCUCUCGUCGUUCACAUGACGCCUGAAUCAGUGCUGGACACGGAUGAGUACAAGAGCUGGAUGGAGAGGUUUCCCAGCAGCACUGAGCAUCUGGUGAUGAAUGAGCAGACGUUCACGCCACACAACACACGCAGUCACAAACUCCAGACACAGCUCAACCUCAUCCACCCCGAGAUCUUCCCUCCGCUCAAACUCUACAAGACCAAAGAGCCACGGGCUUCUCUCCAUGUUCCUAACGUCAGAGCCGAGUGUCUGAUGAAGUUUCAGCUUCGGCCCAAACUGGAGUGGCAAAGAGAUGCCAUCCCAUCUUGCGACUCCGAGGAGUUUGUGAAGGAAGCAGCUGAAGUGCCAAACUUCUUAGAGGAAGUUGAGGAAUGCAGGAAGUUCCAGGCGGCUGCGUCUGUCUCCACGUCUGGUGAGAAGUUUCCUGAGAUCGUGUUUUUGGGCACCGGCUCAUCUCUACCGAUGAAGAUCAGAAAUGUCAGUGGAACUUUAGUAAACAUCAGCUCAUCUCAGUCGCUGCUGUUGGAUUGUGGGGAGGGAACGUUCGGCCAGUUGUGUCGUCAUUAUGGCAAUGACGUCGACGAGAUCCUCUCCAGACUCUCCACCAUCUUUGUGUCGCACCUUCAUGCAGAUCAUCACACGGGUUUGAUUCAUUUAUUAUUGGAGCGAGAGCGAGCUCUGAACAGUCUAGGUAAAGCGUUCAGUCCCGUGUACCUGAUCGCUCCCGUACAGAUCAUGACAUGGUUGAACCAGUAUCACGAUCACUGCCAGCAGAUCCUCAGCCAGAUCAAUAUUAUCCCAUCAAAGUUUUUGUUUGAUGGUGCUGAGAUCCCCAAAGUCAAGACCAAAUCCUUAAUUCAGGCUGUUCUGAAGAAGAAUGACCUUGCUAAGUUUCAGACGUGUUAUGUUCGUCACUGUAAGAACGCGUUUGCCUGCAGUUUGACACAUCAGUCUGGUUGGCAGCUUGUGUUCUCUGGAGACACCAUGCCCUGCGACGCCGUCGUUGAUAUAGGCAAGAAUGCAACACUUUUGAUUCAUGAAGCCACACUGGAGGACGGGAUGGAAGAAGAAGCGUGCGAGAAGAGACACAGCACCACGUCUCAGGCUAUCGGGAUUGGGAUGAAGAUGAACGCUGAAUUCAUCGUGUUGAAUCACUUCAGUCAGCGGUACGCCAAGAUCCCUCUCUUCAGCGAUGACUUCAACAGCAAAGUGGGGAUCUCCUUCGACCACAUGAGGAUCCGAUUUGGAGAUUUCCCAAUGCUUCCCCGGCUCAUUCGGCCUCUGAAGGCAUUGUUUGCGGAGGAGAUUGAAGAGAUGGAGGAGAGGAGGGAAAGGAGAGAGAUGAAGAAAACUACUGAGGCUCCGUCUAACGGAGAGUCCGGAACGAGUCGACAACCUAAUGAGAUGGGCAAAGGUGCCAAGAGAGAGCAAGACGACCUCAACCAGGAAGCAGCCACCAAACGACUAAAGACAAACUGAUGGGCAGCCAAUCAGGGUGAAGGUUAGAUCAGCCCAACCAAUCAGAAGGCAGGCUGGGGAAAAACUGAAGAAAUGGGUUAUGAACGUAAAAUGUAUAUCAUAAAAUCCAUGUUGGGUAGAAGUCUGCAGAGUCCAACUGGUAAAGGUGAGAUUAAAGCAGCUGGAGAUUAAUCUGAGUUUCAAGCGAGCUCUGAAAUACAGCAUAUUGGUUUCUAGCUGGGAUCAGAUCUGGAGUCAGUCCCACUGCGAUCAAUUUGACUAAAGCUGUAGGUUUAACUAAAGUGAUGGUGGGAAAGUACACUACCUUAAACCUUUGAAUGUUUGCCAUUUUAAUUUCAGCCUUCCAACCUCUUUGAACCUGAAACAUUUCAGCACUUAAGGAAGAUGUUAGUUUUGGCAUUUUUAUUUGAGAGUGAUUCAAAAUAUCAGUUUAGUUUGAAUCAGAUAGGUUUUUUUGCAAGUAAACUGAGUGCAGUGGUGUGUGGAAAAAAGCACUUGUACAUUUCUGUAUGUAAUAUUUUAUUUUAUGUCUAUGAAAUGGUUGAUCAGCUUAGGCUUUUCUAAUUAUUUUAGGGAAAUAAACAUAAACCUGGAUAACUGUUUGUCAUUAUUAUAAUUAUUUAUAUUAAUCCUCCUUGCCAAAUUU